UAAGCUGCAGAUUACCGUAAAUGACUAGAAAAUAAUUGUUAGUUGCAGCCCUAGUACCGAACCGUGCGGAUGCCAUGCCGUUACACCCUUAUUAUUUAUUAUAUAGUGAAAAGAUUAUUUACAAAGAUGAUUUUUUUUUAUGUGUCACUGUAGUGUUGUGUUUCACUUGGCGGAGUUCCAUAUUCUAUGCGGGAGAUUCAUCUCCCACUUAGUGAUGGUGUCAAUGUGGGUGGCAACGGGUGUCUGUUGCUAAAUUGGAAACAGACGUCGUAAACCGCGACGAUAGCUUUUUCGUAUUAAGAUGCACCACAGACAAAAGCCUUUUUGUUACAUGGGUCUUUUUUUGGUAUCAGGUGCGGUAUCAGUCACCGGUUUUCGGUUUCAGGUUUGGGGCGGUAGUCAGGGAGCAAACACUUUAAAAUGGAGAAAGAUUCUGAGUGAGAUAUAACAUUUGGUUUAUUUGUAUGUAGGGCAGGGGUCUCAAACUCAAUUUACUUGGGGGCCACUGGAGCUAGGGUCUGGGCGAGACUGGGUUUUCCAAAAUAAACCCCAAAAAACGCAUCUAUUAAAAACAGAAAAAUGAAUAAACUUUGCUUUGGUUUUGCAUUUUCUACAAGAAAAGCUCUGAUAAAACAUUCCACUGUUCUCAAAUAUCUUAAUUUUUAUUUUUCUACACAAAAUAAGAUGAAAAAUAAAUAAACAAAUCAAGAAUAAAGAAAAUCAAUCAAUCAGUAAUAAAUAAAUAUAAUAAUAAUAAUAAUAAUAGUUGGUGGGUAGACAAAUGAUUUUUUUCAGAUUAAAAUGAACAAAGCAUAAUUAGAGCCCUGUAGACAUGACAAAACACGACUAUAGUCACAUUUAUACUCUUUUUUUUAUUUACAACAUAUUGCGCAACUGCAGGGUCUUGAGACACAUGCUAACUCGCAAACUAGAGAUCUAGCGAAGCUAAACGGUAGUCUUCAAGUUAUUUCCUUUCAACUUAAAUAGCCAAAAACUUACCACUUCCACACGGAUAGGGAGGAUAACUAUUAACAGUUAUUUAACCUUUAAAGUAGAGAUCUAGCGACCUAAACGGUAGUCUUCAAGUUAUUUCCUUUCAACUUAAAUAGCCAAAAACGUACCACUUCCACACGGGUAGGGAGGAUAACUAUUAACAGUUAUUUAACCUUUAACAUGAACAUUAAUCAAACGUAAUAUUUUUUUUCUGGGUACAUGAUACCAUACGGCAUCCAUGUCAAACUUUCAUAACAAGGCGGGGGCCUCAAACUAGUGUCCUGCGGGCCACAUUUGGCCCGCGGGCCGCGUAUUUGAGACCCCUGAUGUAGUGUCUUUUAAAUGCUUUUGUUGUGUGUAUGUACGGAGCGGAAUGGUCAGAUUAGCGUUGCUACAUUCUUACUCUCAGGCAUGACCCCACUAACUCUGCACUUAGUCACCUGUACUAUGAUCUCAUUCCAGGAAAAAAAAAGCAAAAAAAAAAAAUUAAUUUGCAUAAUCAGGUGCUCACGUCAACGGAGGCAGAAUGCGGAUGUCUUAUGCCUCGGGUGAUAGGUUAUACAAACACUUUUGGCUACAUACAUAAUACUGUACAUGUAUACUGUACUUAUAUGUACUGUACAUAAUAUUGACUUCAUUUUCCUAUGUACAUUUCGGUACAGAACAAGGUAACAAUAUGAAUAAAGUGAUACUGUGAACUCUUACCUGUAAAGGGGGGAGGUACUAUGUAUAUCUAACCUGUCAGUACUGACUGAGACAGUGACAGAGGGAGGAGUGACGGCUUGGGUGUGUUCUUCUCUGGGUGAGAAACAGAGAGGAGGAGGGGUGUAGACAUGCACACAGAGAGAGAAAGAGAGAGAGAGAGCGAGAGGGACAGAAAACUCUUCCAGGCUCUCAGAUCUUGGUUGUGGUGGAGACACCCAGGAGCAGAACAUUCCUGAGGCAGACAGGCAGACGGGAGCGAGAAUUGACAAGCAGCGACAUCCUUCAUAUCUCCUCGUCACCACGUCCGAACGACCGCCUUUGACCUCUUCUUCUUGACCGAGCGUCCUUUUUUUUUCUGUAUUACGCACAUGCGUGCAAGCGCCGCCUUGCAUACACCGGGAGGACUCUGCUACUGAUUCUGAAGUCAAGGAUUUUUUGCGAGGUCUGGAAGAAAGAGCUCCCCUUCCUGAAUCACUGCCAUGCAACGCUGAGCUGAAGCAAACCAAACUCAAGUGAUCCGUUUGGAAGACGAUCUUACCAACCAAUCACUUUGCCCCCGCUCGGUCGCAGAGAUGGAGCUCAAAGUGUGGGUGGAUGGAGUGGUGCGGGUGGUGUGUGGCUUAUCGGAGGAGACAUCCUGCCAGGAUGUGGUCAUCGCUCUGGCUCAGGCUAUAGGUCAGACCGGUCGCUAUGUUCUAAUCCAGCGUCUUCGGGAUACGGAGAGACAGUUGCUCGCCACAGAAAGACCCCUCGAGUCUCUGGCCAAGCUCGGCCAGCACGGGAGUGAGGUCCAGUUCUUCUUGCGUCGCACUGGCCCGAGCAGCAGCGAUGGACCUGGCUCAAAACAAGAGAAACUUAGCCCUCUCCCGCUGCCCAAAUAUCCCGAGCAGGACCUUUCCAAACGCAACCAGCCCAAGAAAUCGCUCACAUUCAACCUGGGGCCGUCCACUUCACCCAGAGCCAAACCUUUUCAUCGGUCUCCUCGGGACUCCCCGGAGAAAAGAGCCUCGCCUUCAUCUUCUCCCAUCCCUACAUCCCAUCAUGCUCCAUCUACCUCACCACCAGCAGGCCCAUCCAAAGAAGAGGUCUUCAGGAAGGUUCUUCAGCAGCAGGAGAGACUAAGGGCCAUUGAAGAACAGCUAGAAACUCUAGAAAGGGAGUCUAACACUUGGGAGCAUCACUACUCAUCUCCAUGUCCUUCACCUUUGUCUGACGGCCGCUUCCAAGAGGAGUUGGACACUUUGGAGCAAACGAUGCGGAGGAACCAGGCAGAGCUCGCUCAUGAGCAGUACUGGGAAGAGGAGCUUCAAGCCGAGACCGAGAGGGAGCGAGGAAUGAGAAGAAAGCUGGGUGAGCUCCAUGCAAAGCUGGACGACUGCGGACGGCGUCUCCACGAGUUCUCUGUGCGCUCCGCUCAGCUGGAGCAGGAGAUCCAGCAGGAACGGCACUUGGAAGCUAAAAGCAACGGGCCCGAGGAGUCGCUUGAUGCCGUGAAAGCUGAGCUCCAGACCCAAGAGAUGCGCGGCACGGAGUUAGAGGAGCAACUAUCUGAGACUGAUAAGGCUCUGGGGAAGGCAGAGUCUCUGCUGCAGGCCAAACACGAAGACCUGGAGGAAUUGAACAAGGAGCUGCGGCAGUGUAACCUGCAGCACUUUAUCCAGCAAGCCGGCGUCCUGCCUGUACACAGUCACUCCCGUACGGACCUCCAAGAGCAACUUGAGCAGCUCGAACUGGCGCAUCUUCUGCAGGAUGGAUACAGGAAUGGAAGUAACGGUCUAACCUCAGACGACUCGCCGCCCCGCCCCACCGCCAAGCAGUUCCUGGGACAUCCACGCAACCUGCAGAACCCCCUGGUGUCCAGUCUCAACCCCGAGGUCCUGACAUCCCGAGAGUCGUCAUGGCGAUAAAACACGGACCACAAGGGGCAGAGCGCAAACAUGUUCACUUGUAUUAUCACAGCACCUAUUUAAUCCUUUUGUUACCCUUUAACCCUAUUAGUACUCUUAUAUAUAUAUAUAUAUAUAUACUGUAUAUACAUGAGAAAUAUAUUUACAGAGUUUUUGCUACUGUAAACACGACAAAUGGAAAAAGAAUUUAGGAAAUCGAGACCAGCUAUUACAAUGUAUUUAAAUACUGUAUAAUAAAAAGUCCAUGUGUUUAGAGACUCAUUUGUGCUGUUUUUUGGAUUUCAUUAUCUGUAUUUGUUAUGGAUGUUCGAUAUUAUAUACUGUAUUUUCUGGACUAUAAGUCGCACAAGACCAGAAAUGCAUAAUUAGGUAAAAAAAAAAAAACAUACUGGAGUAUAAGUCGCAUUUUUUGCGGGUAAUUUAUUUUCCAAACAUAUUUUACUGAAAAACACUUUUUUCAUUUAUAAGUCGCUAUGGAGUAUAAGUCACAGGAACAGCCAACCUAUGAAAAAAAAAUCACCCCACACUCUUUAUUGCUCUCUGGUUCUACCAUAUCUUACUUAUUGUGUGGAAAUAUGGGCUAAUAACUAUAAAAGCAAUCUUCACUCGCUAAAUGUACUGCAAAAAAGGCCAGUAAGGAUAAUUCAUAAUGCCGCUUACAGAGAACAUACUAACUCCUUAUUUCUAAAAUCACAAAUACUUCAACUUGCUGAUAUAGUUCAUCUUCAAAUAGCUAAAAUAAUGCAUAAGGCUAAAAAUAACCAAUUAGCUAAAAA